UAUAAGCCACGUUAGUUAAAGACAUUGAGUCAGUUGAAGUCAAAGUGAAAUAUGAUCAAGUUAAGCGUAAUUGUAAUCAUUCUGGUGCUGGGAACUGCUACGGUGCAAACCCAAAAGUGCCAAGUCUGUCAGGAAGACAACGAAGCCUUCUGCGCUACGGAGACCUCAUAUUAUAAUUGUAUCAAUGGCAAUAAAGUUGGCAAUGAGGAGCAAUGUGAUCCCGGACAGGUUUGCACCAAUUCAUUGUCAAUAUGCGAACCGAAAGAUGAACUCCCUACUGAUAUUGAGAACGUAUGUGGCGAAGGGGGCAGUGGGGGUUGCAACAGUUGUGCUGCAACCCAAACGUAUACCUGCGUCAGUCGCACACAAGCUGGGCGUUGCAUCAAGGGAAACGUCAAGUCGGUAAUAGAUUGCGAUGCCGAUCAUAUUUGUGUGGUUAACGAUGGACCCGUCUGUAUGCCGCAAGCUGUCGCUGACUUUCUAAAGUAUAACGCCAGCUGUGCUGCUUAUGAGUAUAACCCAACAACUCUGGCGCCACCGACGACACCAAAUGCAAUUAACAGACUACAAAUCUGCAUGGAUAAUGCUGCUGAUAAGAAUACAUUGUUUUUCUAUACCAAUUACGAUUCAACGUGCAAAAAUGCUGUCUACUGCCAGAGGAACAGUCUGACCAGCACGGAUUGGUUAACCUUGCACAGAGCAUGUCCAUCGGCCACACCGUACUUCGAUACACGCAUCAGAGAUUGCGUGGCCACUAAGCCGGCUACUUGUUCCUUUGCUACUACCACUGCUGCACCUACUACUACCACUGCACCUACUCCUACCUUUGCACCUACUCCUACCGCUACUCCAACUACUCCUAUCCCUGCACCUACUCCUACCGCUACUCCAACUACUCCUACCCCUUCACCUACUCCACCUCCAGCUCCUGAAAAUCCUGAAGCUCCUGAAGAUCCUGAAGCUCCUCCAGCUCCUGAAGAUCCUGAAGCUCCUCCAGCUCCUGAAGCUCCUCCAGCUCCUGAGGAUCCUGAAGCUCCUCCAGCUCCUGAAGAUCCUGAAGCUCCUCCAGCUCCUGAAGCUCCUCCAGCUCCUGAGGAUCCUGAAGCUCCUCCAGCUCCUGAAGAUCCUGAAGCUCCUCCAGCUCCUGAAGAUCCUGAAGCUCCUCGUAAGCCUUAG